UCGCUCAUUUUGUUCAGGCGGACCUCCGAGCGACGGGGAUUAGAAAAACGUGCCGGAUCAUAUGUGUGUGGAGUGGGGAAGAAAAGUGCACGAUGGUUCGGGAAACCAGACACCUUUGGGUGGGAAAUUUACCCGAACAUGUCCGAGAGGAGAAGAUCGUUGAACAUUUUAAACGGUAUGGGCGUGUGGAGAGUGUUAAAGUUCUGCGGAAGCGGGGGUCAGAGGGUGGUGUGGCAGCCUUUGUGGAUUUUGUGGAUAUCAAAAGUGCUCAGAAGGCUCACAAUGCUGUCAACAAGAUGGGGGACAGGGACCUUAGGACUGACUACAAUGAACCUGGGUCAGUCCCGAGUGCUGUUCGGGGCCUUGAAGACAGCUCCCCUUCGAGCAGUCGAGAUGUUACAGGAUUCUCUAGGGGAACAGUUGGUCCAGUGUUUGGCCCACCUGUGUCCCUUCACACCAGAGAGGGACGUUAUGAACGGAGACUAGAUGGUAGCUCAGAAAGCCGUGAACGUGCAUAUGAUCACAGCCCAUAUGGACACCAUGAGCGCAGUGGUACUUUCGACAGACAGCGUCACUACAAUGCUGAUUAUUACCGUGAUCGUUCUAUGUUUGCUGCUGCUGGCCCAGGGAGCAGUGCCAUUGGGGGGAGCUUUGAGGCAUCAGACCCACAUUUUGACUCUAGAAUUCGAGACCCUUUCUCUCUUACUAAUGCUACACGACGUGACCUCUACCGAGAUGACAGAGGACGACGUGUUGAUAGAACUUACCAUCACCGUCGGAGCCGAUCGUCUCAUUCCUCCCAGUCAAGACACCCUUCCCCACAAAGGACAGGACAGACCCCCAAAACUCCUCACUCCCCUAAAAGAGCUCCUUUAUCCCCUGGGAGAGGCCCACGAUCUCAAUCCCGCAGCAGAUCUUCAAGCUCUGAUUCUGUCAGCAGCACAAGCAGUACGGGCAGUGGCAGUGAUUCAAACAGCAGCUCUAGUGAUGGUUCUCGGGCACGUUCAGUUCAGUCGUCGGCAACACACGCACCACCUCAGACUUCUAUGGUUCUUGAUUCAGAUGAGCCACGUAGAAGCUUUGGAAUCAAAGUGCAAAACCUACCAGUGCGCUCAACGGACACAAGUUUAAAAGAUGGGCUCUUCCAUGAAUUCAAGAAACAUGGUAAAGUGACCUCAGUGCAGAUCCAUGGAGCAUCUGAGGACCGCUAUGGUUUAGUGUUCUUCAGACAGCAAGAGGAUCAAGAGAAAGCCCUCAGUGUCUCCAAAGGAAAGCUGUUCUUUGGAAUGCUAAUUGAAGUCACUGCCUGGAAUGGUCCUGAAACGGAGAGUGAAAAUGAGUUCAGGCCCUUGGAUGGGAGGAUAGAUGAGUUCCACCCAAAGGCCACAAGGACAUUGUUUAUAGGCAACCUUGAGAAGACGACCAGUUAUCAACAACUCCUUGAUAUCUUUCAACGCUUUGGAGAAAUUGUGGACAUUGACAUCAAGAAGGUAAAUGGAGUUCCCCAGUAUGCCUUUGUGCAGUAUUCUGAUAUUGCCAGUGUUUGCAAGGCCAUAAAGAAGAUGGAUGGCGAGUAUUUGGGGAGCAACCGACUAAAGCUUGGUUUUGGGAAGAGUAUGCCCACAACGUGCGUUUGGCUAGAUGGUUUGGCAACCAAUAUUACAGAGCAAUACCUCACACGGCAUUUCUGCCGCUAUGGACAUGUAGUCAAGGUUGUGUUUGAUAGGAUGAAAGGGAUGGCCCUCAUCCUGUACAACAACACAGAUUUUGCUCAGGCAGCUGUAAGGGAGACCAAAGGCUGGAAGAUUGGUGGCAAUAAAAUAAAGGUGGAUUUUGCAAGUCAGGAGAGUCAGAUGGCAUUCUACAGAUCCAUGCAGGCAUCUGGUCAAGACAUUAGAGACUUCUAUGAAAUUCCUCCCGAACGAAGAGAGGAUCGCAGACCCCCUUACCAUGAAUUUACAGCGGAAAGGGCUUACUAUGAGAAUAUACGAACACCUGGCCUCUAUCCAGAGGAGGCUCGAAGAGACUAUGCUGCUCGCAGCAGGGAGCGUUUUCCUGAAUUGGAACAUUAUCAGGGGGAACAUUUUGAGCCACGUUACCAUGAAGACCCAAGAGACUACAGGGACUACAGAGACCCCUUUGAGCAAGACAUUCGAAAAUACACAUAUAUUCAAAGGGAGCGAGAAAGAGAGCGAGAACGCUUUGAGGCUGACCGCAGCAGAUGGAGCCCUUCCCAUCCACGGCGACCUAUUACUCCUGCAGUUUCACCAUCACCAUCUGACCGUGCUCCCAGAGAUUCAGAAAGACGGGUUUAUAGCCAGUCCUCUGAGAGAAGUGGUAGUGUGAGCUCACUCUCACCACCACACUUUGACAAAUCUGAAAAGACUUUGUUAGAACAUGCCUCAAAGAGUGACAAGGGCGAGAAGAGCAGUCAACUUGACCGUGUGGCAGGUGCUGAGAAAACCAAACGUGCAAAACGAAAAGAGAAAGGUGACAAAGAAAAAGGCGAGAAAAUUAAAUCAAGAAAAGUGAAGGGGCAGUCGCCAUCCAACCUACUACCUGAUGCAGAGCUUGAGGCUGGUUUUGAAGGAGGGUCAGGAAGAGCAAAGGGAUCAGAUCAAGAUGCUCAUGAAAGGCAGAAAUAUAAGGGGGAUGGUGACUCUAUUGCUGGAAAUCAGUUGCCAACUGUUCACCCUGACACUGUUAAAAGUGAAAGAUCUGAAAUGGGUAAAAGUGAUACUUCAGACAUGGAUGGAAAAAAUAGACUCAAGAAACAUCUUAAAUCUGAUUCUGGAAAUGAUGGUAAAGAUUCGUCAGUGGAUUCAGAUCGCCUUGCUGCCAGAAAAAGACGCUUUGCUGAUUCCAGUGGAAGGAUUAUUCGUCAGAAGAGAAGUAGGCUUGAGGAAGAGGAUGGUAAUCAAUCCACAGACUUAAGUGCAAGUGCAACAUAUUUGAAAGAGACAGACUCUGACAAACACAAAGAUGCACAACGCAGAGAUUCAAGACUUAAAACUGAUAAAAUUGCCACUCAGAAGGAUGGUCAAGAGGACCUUAGAGGACAAAGAGAGAAAUCAGAGGGAUCUUUGGACCCACUGGAGCCAAAACGACAUCCAGGGCACACUUCGUCCAGAAGGUUCUCACAUGAAGGGAAUACAGACCAAGGCAGUACAAGAGAACAAGAACAUCAUGCUGCUUUCAAAUUUGUUGGUCAGACUGCUGACACUGAUAAAAGUACUAGGAAUAAGGAAGACCAUGUUGAUAUUGACCUCUCUCAGAGUUAUCGCAAACAGAUGGAGCAAAAUAGACGGUUGCACCAGCAACAGCAGCAGCGGGAGUCUGACAAAGCUGACAAACUAGGAAGUCCCCAUGGUAGUGAAACAGAGGACAUGGAACAUCGCAGUCUUGUCCAUGAAGUUGGCAAACCGCCUGAGGAUGUCACUGAUAAUUUUCCAUCUCACAAACUAAAGAAACUAGACCAAUUUGACACUGACACAGGAAUCAAGAGGGAGCGUGUCUACAGGAGUUUUAGACAAAAAAGUGAAGAUCCUGACUGGAACAAUACCUCCUCUCCGGGACAUCAGCAUUUUCCUCACCAUGCAGAGGAGGAUUUUGCAGAUCAUUCUCAGAAAGAGCUAAGUAGAAAUGAUGACAAAAUUCACCCGGAUUUGGAGCUGUUAGUCAAAAGGACUCAUAACACACAAGUAAACAAGCCAAACACUCCUUUACUUAGUGUGGAAGAAGAGCAACAAAAAAGAUGGGAGAGCAGAGUUAAGCAAGACUUGUUACCUGACCUGAACUUUUCUAGAAGUCUGAGUAAAAACAUUCAUAAUCGCAAGCGUUUGGAAUAUGGUGUUUGGCAUGACUUGGAGCCUGGGGAAGUACGAUCAGACUCUGAAGAGGACAGAGAGCCCAAACCCCACUCUCCUGUGCCGUCAACAUCUAUGCCUUUUUCUGAGAGGCCAAGGGUUGACAGAUUUUCAGACCCCAAACUAGCACACCUUGAAAGGAACAAAUUUUACUCUUUUGCACUUGACCAGACCAUUACACCUGAUACAAAGGCUCUGCUUGAACGUGCAAAAUCACUCUCAUCUUCUAGAGAAGAUAACUGGUCAUUCUUGGAUUAUGAUUCCCAUUUUGCAAGUUUCCGCAAUAGAAAGGAUACUGAGAAAGUAGAAUCAACACCACGACCUACACCAUCUUGGUACAUGAAAAAGAAAAAGAUACGAAGUGGAUCUGAAGAUAAAGUCGAUGACAGGAAGGAGGAGCCAAAGCCAGAGGAACAUGAACGCAGAGAGCUUUUUGCCUCCCGCUUCCUUCACAGCCCUGUCUUUGAGCUGGACUCCAGACGACUUCAGCACCUAGAACGCAAGCAUGAAGAACCUGAGCAUACACAAAACCAACAAACUGGUCAGCAAGGGACAGUAGAUGGUGAACUUGACUCUGGGCCUGUUGUCCUUUUCCAUAGUCGUUUUUUGGAACUCACACGACUACAACAACAGAAGAAUAAAACCCAACAGUUGCAAGAGGCAAAAGGACAGGCCGUGCCAACAGAUGAUAAUAAAGUGGAAGAAGCACCUGUUCAAGAGCAACAAGCAUUGCAGUCACCUGAAACAACAGAAUCUGUCACAGAGCCAGAAAUUAAACCCAUCAGUCCUGCUGAAGAGGUGAUUUCUGAACCCAGACUCGCACCUACUUCUGUUACCCAACCUGUGCUUAAAGACUUUCCUCCACCAGAAGAAAAAAGUGUUGUGCUAAAUCCAACCACUGAGCCGUAUUCCACAGUGUCUAUAAAGGAAGAGUUAAAGGAAGAGGAAAAAGAAAAUGAAAAUGUUGUACCUAUGCACAACCCAACAACUGUGACAUCUGAUUCUGAAGCUGUACCUAUAGCAGUACAAGAAUCUAGUUAUUCAAUGGAUAGAUGUAAACUGUCUCCAUCUGAAGGUAAAUCGGAUAUUAUUGAGGAUGUAAAACCUCUGCGUACAGAACAGCCAUACCGCCGUGAUUCUCAUGAUGAGUUUAUUAGCAGUUCAGAACCAGAGCUUGAUCCUGAGACAACACAACCAGAAGUGCCUGAAGCCACAAGUCCCAUACCACUUAGUAUUGAAGAAGAGGUGGAUAUAGGCAAGAAAGAGACCCAUUCCACUUUGAAAGAAAUAACAGAGCCUGAGGGAGAGAAGACACUUCAAGUAAGUAAAGUGCAGAUGCCUAUUGAUGACACACAUGAUGAGCCAAUCUCACCUCCGAAAGAGCACAAAACAAAAGAAAUGAAAAAUAAGAAGGGCAAACAAUCCCCUGCUGAAGUUGCUCCAGUUCCGGUCAUAUCUACCUCUGGGUCUGAAAAACCAGCAACACGCAAAAGUGAGCGCAUUGACAAAGAGAAACUGAAACGUGGAUCAUCCCCAAGAGCUGAAUGUAAGUCCACAGGCAAAUCUCCUAUUCAUGGAUCAGAUCCAGAUAUCUUGGAGCAGAGCAUAUCAUUUAGCAGAGCACGACGAAGAAAUGUUAAAUCUGUGUAUGCCACCCCAGUUGAAGAUGAUGUACCAGUUCGUUCUGGAAAGGAAAUUACAGAAUCACCACGUUCUGCGCGAAAGCGUGUUACAGACAAAGAUGCAACACAACAACAGAAUAUUGAACAGGAUCCACCUGCUCCAACUAAACGGGGCCGUCCUCCCAAGAAUCGCAGACAAGGUGACGAGAGUACUACAGUUAAAGUAGAAAAGUCUAAAGUGGACAAUAAAGACACUGAUUCAAAUGAAUCAGAGAGUGGUGAACGAAUUCCAAGAGUGUCAAAAGGUAAAACAUCGCCUCAUGUCACAAAGGGUUCAUCGGUUCAGAUGUCCACAGCCUUAGGAUGUAGUUCAAUAAGAAAGGGAGAAAAAACUGAGGUUGCUGAGGCUGAUGAUCAAGAAAUGGAUUUUACAGAUGAUGAUACCUUGACUUUGCAAGAUUCAUCAAGUUCAUGUAAAGAAGAUCCAUCAGUGAAACUUGAGGAAAAGAAAGAGGAGAAAGACAAACAAGGCAGAGAAAUGGUAAAAGAUAAAGAUGUUCUCAAUGAAAAGGCCUGUGAGGGUAAAUCAAAUGGGAAAGAUGCAGAUUCCCCUGCAUCAGAAGAAAAAAACACCCCAGAAAAAGACAGGACUGUUAAAGGAAAAACCAAAUUGACAAGAACCCCUAAGUCUCCUGUCCUUAAGAAUCUCAAAAUCAGACUAAAUGUCACAGAGGUGAAAGAUCAUGUUUCAAAGUGCACUAAUGCCAACAAAGGGGGCUCCACCAAUGAAGAGAAUGAAAAUGCUGCUUUGGAAAAAAAGGAACUUCAGGAAACAUCAAAGAGUUUAAUUUCACAGGAGAUGGAAUUGGAGCAAGCUGUGGAGAAUAUCGCCAAACUUACAGAUCCAGGUUUUCCAACAGAUUCACAUACGUCACCUGCCCCACAAACAGAAGUAAAAAAUGAUCCAGAGGAAGAAAAACCAUCGAAUCCUGCUAGUGAGACAGAACUCAUGGCUGCUAUUGACUCCAUUACUGCUGAAGAGGCAACUGCAUCCUUAGCUCAAGCACCUCCAGUAAGUGCAGAUGUAGGUUCAGAACCGGAAACGCAAGACUUUGUUCAACCUGCGAAAGAAGAUGAACCUGAAACAAAUACAGCUGCUGUACAGGAGGGGACUCUCUUCCCAACCACACCCAAAAAGGGCCCCAAGGGAAGACCUAAGACACCCAAACGUAAACCCCAAAAGCAAGUAAGAAAAGAUUCAAAGGAAGGACUUUCAAUAAGUGAGGAAUCGAGCACUCUUUUACCAGAUAGCACAGCUUCCAGUGCAAAGAUUGCUCCUGAGACAACCCCAUCAGCAGCAACAGCUACUGUUAUUACACCCACUACUUGGAAGCAAGAACCUGAGCCUACAGCUGCCAAGGCUGCAGAUGUAAAUGCAGAGUCUGAGUCAUCCUCUGAAGAGCAGAUUCAACAUCUUAAAUCAGUUUAUCCCCAGCCGAAGAGUCCAAUAUGCCCAAAGACUCAACAGGUACCACCUGAGUGUGUCUCACCUUCCCUGUCUCCACUAGCCAACAGACCAAAUAUCAGACCCAUUCAAACCAGUAGAACACCUGUUUCUCCACCAGAUUGGCUCCACCAGUCUAAAGAUACAGGAGUUUCCUCUUCACCCGUCAUGCAGUUGGCAUCCAAGGAAAACCAGCCUUUACCCUCCGAUUCUGAAAACAUGGAAAUUGAUCAUGGUACAAGUGACCUGAGAACAAUUCUUAUGAAACACAAGAAUAUUUCCAUGCCAGGGAGUAGUUCUAUUCCUAGUAAUCUGCCUACUCUCCGAGAUCAGAACCCAUCUGAAAGUAAUGCGCCAUCAGCUGUUGUGCCAAAUAAAUCACCACUACCUGAUAGUAGAAUGCCAGCUCAUCCGGCCACUCCCAUUGUUCGACCUCAAGCUUCACUAUCAUCUCCUGAGACAAAGUCUGUGAUCUCUGUUAUUGCAUCCACUGCUACCUCUGUUAUCAGUCGUGUUUGCAACCCUCCUGAGCCUGAGGACAAAGUAAACAUGAACAUUGGAAAUCCCUGUGUAGACAUGGCUCUACCCAAACCAACCUAUAGACCCAGCAAAGAUGAUACUGGUUCAUACCACGGGCCGUCUGUUGGUGAUGAGGGGGGAAGUGCUGCAAGGUUUAUUGUUGAGAGUCCCGCUCUUGGUACAGGAUCUUGCCCAGGUCUGAGGGUAAAUACAUCUGAAGGAGUGGUAGUAUUGAGCCACUCAGGACAGAAAACUGAGGGACCGCAACGGAUUAGUGCGAAAAUAAGUCAGAUCCCACAAGCGUCGGCAGGUGACAUGGAAUCUCAGCAGUUGGUAUCUAUGCCUCAAAUAAAACAGGAAAUGUAUGGCCAUUCUCAGUCAGGUAUUCAAAAGGGGCCUUCACAGACCGAUCAUGGGCACCCUGGUAAGGCGCAGUCAACUUUGUCUUGUAUAAAACAAGAAGGCACUGGUUUGGAAAAAUUGGAGUCUUCUUACCAAUCUGGAUCUCAAGGAGUAGUGAAACGUCUCACACAGGGAGUUGGAAAUCAGCAAGUAAUGAGUACCAUGUACCAUCAAGAGUACAUGCCAAUGAAACAUCAGAAGAAAAUGGACAGUGCCGAUCCUCACAGCACAGAUGGAGUCAAACCACCUUGGACCUCUGCUAUAAGUCCUGCAAUAAGCCCCCAUUUGCCCUCUCCGCCUGGAAACCAUGUAGGUUUUGUAACAGCCACUGGUGACAGAACUCCCUCACAUAUCAGUGGGGUGAAACAGGAACCACGGUCCCCACGCAAGUCAGGUCAUCCACACUCCCCGUUUACUAAAGUGUCCUCACCCAUAGGUUCCUCAUCACCCAAGGGCAUACCAGUGAUGUUGCCCACUGGCCUUCCUGCCAUGCAACAGUUUAUUACUGGUGUACAUCAUCCAGAGCAGUCGGUUAUCAUGCCACCACACAGUGUGCCUGGUGGCAUAGGACGGAUGUCUCCUCACCGUGUUACCCAGUCAAUUCCUGUUGGCCAUCUUGUGCAAGGAGAAGUUCGGGUCAAUACUCCACCUCUCUCUGUGAUGAGCUAUGGAAUGCAUAGUGAGCCUCUUGCCUCUCCCUGGUCAGGUCCUAUUCAGCCACGCCCCACCUCACCCCAGACUGUUGGCAGAGACAAGGUGCUCAAGGUAAACCCCAGUUCUUUGAGGAGUCAUGAGGGGGAACAGGAUGAAGCCAGACGCUUCCACCAGCCAGGACGACAAUCUGCCACACAACUAAAACCAGAGAAUAUGCAGUCAGAUCCUCGUGGGACUUUGCGAACUGGUGUCCAGUUGGAAACAUACAUGGCACAAAGAGAUAUGCGUGUGCUCUUGCACCAACAGGGAGAGCGUUCGGCCACAGACCCUCAUUCUGGACACAUUCAAGAUACUCUUACCCCCUCUUCAACAUCUUCCAGCAUACCCUUAUCCUUGUCUCCAAGAGCACAUGUUCUGCCUAAAGGUGUGUCUGAGAAGGAUAUAACCAAGCCAUUGGAGGCCAAGAGGCCCCACUCCCCUCUUUCUAAAGAUGGAAUGAUGGGAAUCCGACAAUCUGGGUCUGCAAUUGCAUCUCCCCAGAGAGUUCAGCUAAUGGCACCAGGACCUGGUGGCUCCUUCCCAGAGUACUCAGGGAUGUACUCAAACCCAAGGAGUAUCCAUUCUCAAAUGCCAGAGACAUCGUCUGUUGGACUUAAUCAGCCGCCACUGAAUGUUACACCAGCCAUGGGUGCAGACCUCCAGGCAAAACCAGAUGGCAAAAUGACGCAGCCUGUUAAUAUGGUGCAGUUGCUCACGAAAUACCCUAUUGUGUGGCAAGGCCUGCUGGCACUGAAGAAUGACACAGCUGCAGUCCAGUUGCAUUUUGUCUGUGGCAACAAAGCUUUGGCUCAUCGAUCACUGCCCCUACAAGAAGGAGGCACAUUGCUUAGGAUAGUCCAGAGAAUGAGGCUAGAGGCUUCUCAACUGGAGAGUGUAGCCAGAAGAAUGACGGGGGAGUGUGAGUUCUGUCUUCUCCUUGCUCUGCCAUGUGGACGAGACCAAGAUGAUGUCCUAAACCAGACUCAAGCUCUUAGGACUGCUUUCAUCAACUACUUGCAGACAAAGUUGGCUGCUGGUAUCAUUAAUAUCCCGAAUCCAGGUUCCAAUCAGCCUGCCUAUGUGCUACAGAUUUUCCCACCGUGCGAGUUUUCAGAGAGCCACUUAUCCCAGCUCGCCCCCGACCUUCUCAACAGGAUCUCCAGCAUCUCACCACACCUCAUGAUUGUCAUCACCUCUGUGUAACCUUCACUGCUGGGAACUGUCCCAUGGACAGAUGUUCUCACCGAUGAGCCUCAGGAAACCAGAGGAAUACGAGAAUUUUUUCCCCCCUGAACACAAUGGGAAUGUGUAGGAUACACCCUAUCAACUGUUUUUGCUUUUAAUUUUUUCUUCCUCUCGUCAGUUUUUUUUUCUUUUGUCACUCCUGUCUGGUAUUUUUGUCCUUCUCGAAAGAACUCAGGGAUGGACCAAACCAGAAUCAGUCUUAUUUGACCAUUUCUCUGCUGUAUUUCUAUUUAUUGGAGUUUUAUUUUAAUGUUCGGAGAUGCUCUGAAGAAAAAAAAAAUCAGGAUGUUUGAUGAACGAGUGACUAUAUGGGUGGCCUUUUUACUUCAUCUGUCUUUUUAUUCAUUGUCAUAUUCAUUUCUUCAUGAGAGAGGAUCAUAGAAGCUGUUGCACUGCGACGGCUCAAAAGACAUUUCAACAUGUAAUUUUUGAAUAAUUAUGUACAGACUUCCUCCUCAUGGCUUUCUUUAGAUGAGGAAGAAUUAACUUGUAAAACUAUGGAGACCCUGUAGAGGACCACAUUGUUUAACAGCUCCUUUUAAUUCCACCAGCUCGGCUCAUUUUCUCACACUACUGAAGCAGUUAUACCUUUGGCACCUGCCUUUGCAUUGAACAAGCUACAGUAUGAUUUGGGAGUUUUUGAAUACAGGACUUUGUAAAUAUUUUAAAUAUUUAAACUUUGACAAUGGAACUUAACAGAGACUUGAACUCUGGGACCCACCAGAGUGCUGUGUGGAAAUUUAGAUGGAUAUCCUUGAUUUUGGGGUGUAAAUACUUGUAACACAAGAAGGUUGGCAGGCUCUUCUGCGGAGUCUGCUGAUGGCACUUCAUAUUUUGUAACUCAAAUAAAACAAACUCCAGAAAACUUGAAUAUUUAAGAUAUAAUCCUUUAUUUUUUUAUGUCAUGUUUUUUAAAUUUUUAUGUAUGAUUUUAAUCAUUUAA